CCUGCAGAAUGAAACACACUGAAGAUACUGAAGAACAAAGAGAGCUGAUGGAAGUGAAGGAGGAGAGUGAAGAACUGAGUGAAGUGGAGGAGGAACAUCAUGACAAACCUGAAGAAAAACCUUUGUGUCACUCAAAGACUAAAAAUACAUUUUUAAAGAAAAGAGACAAGAAAUCUACAACCUGCACUCAGUGUGGAAAGAGUUUCUCAAAGAAACAACAUCUUGAGAAUCACAUGAGAGUUCACACAGGAGAGAAGCCGUUCACAUGUGAUCAGUGUGGGGCGAGUUUCAAACAAAAAGGACAUCUUAAGAGUCACAUGAAAGUUCAUACAGGAGAGAAGCCACACACAUGCAAUCAAUGUGGGAAGAGUUUCAUGCGAUCAUCACACCUUAAAGCACACAUGAGGAUCCACACCGGAGUGAGACCGUUCACAUGUGAUCAGUGUGACAAAACAUUUCGUGGGGAAUCAACCUUCAAGAAACACCUUCAAGUUCAUACAAAGGAGAAGCCACAUUCAUGUUCUGUGUGUGGAAAGAGUUUUUCACGGCUGUAUCAUUUAUAUGAACAUGAGAAAACACAUACAGGUGUGAGAGAGUACAUGUGCUUUGAGUGUGAGAAGACUUUUACUAAAGCAAACCAUUUAAAACGGCACCAGAGAAUUCACACUGGAGAAAAACCUUACAAGUGUUCACACUGUGAUAAUAGAUUCAGUCGGUCAGAACAUCUGAAAACACAUGAGCGGAUCCACACUGGAGAGAAACCUUACAAGUGUUCACACUGUGACAAGAGAUUCAGUGAUUCAUCAAAUCUGAAAACACAUGAGAAGCUACACACGUGUGAUCAGUGAGGAAAGAGUUUCUCUUUUAAAAAUCAGCUGAAGAUACACAUGAAGAUCCAUGCAGUGGAGAAACCACAUCACCACAGUCUGAAACCACAAUAAGUAGUGUAAGGCCCGCCUAAUGGGUCCAAUGACGGUUUCCCACAGGACGGGGAAGGUUAACGCGUGUAUGUCUUUUCAGCGUCUCUAUGAAGUUCACUUAAUUUCACUCGUUUAAUCUGACUCCAAUUUCAAAUGAUUCUUGUUCUAAGGUUGUGUUUCCAAUUAGAA